UGAAGUCUUAUCUAUAAUUUAAGUUAACUAGGCUUGAUGCUCAUUGACAAAUAAAAAUAUUAUUAAAAAUGCAAUUAAAUUGUUGACAGUUUUUGUGUACAGUAAUAAAUAAUUCAAGAUGUCGAAAUGGGGCAAAACACAAGGCGAUUCGGGCAUAUUACGCAAAGCUGAAGGUCCAGAGAAGAUUGAAGAAUUAUUAGUGUUCGGUUACGCAUGCAAAUUGUUCAGGGAUGAUGAAAAAGCAUUGGAAAUAGAUCAGGGAAAACAUUUAAUACCGUGGAUGGGCGAUGAUUCGUUGAAAAUAGACAGAUAUGAUGGACGUGCAGCACUUUCCGAUUUAUCACAAUAUGAAGGAAGCACUGAGGGGUAUGAUACAGCUCGGUGGUUGGGACUUACUGAUGCCGAGCGAAGAGUUGAACAAUUGUGUGAUGAGGAAAGAUAUCGUGCGCUACAUACUAACGAAGAUGAGGAAGAACUAUACAGAGAGGAGGAAUUGAAGCGCUUACAUCAGCAAUUAAGUAAUGAAAAAAAUUAUGGUCAAGUGUCUUACAACUAUGAAGCAACUAAAGAAGAAAAACAGGAAGAAAUUGACGAAGCAAGUGUUGAAGCUGACAACGAUGAACCGUUUAUUCUACCGCCUGAUUUUGAUUUACCGGUUAAUAUGGCAAUGCCAAAAACAGUGAAACAGAAUGCAAGAAUCGAGAAAACAGCUUUAUUUAUCAGUCAACAAGGUGCUCAGAUGGAAAUUUUAUUAAAAGCAAAACAAGCUGGAAAUCCACAAUUUGAUUUUCUUUCACACGAUAGUCCGUUACAUCGAUAUUAUCGGCAUAUAUUAAUGGCUAUCAAAUCGGGUCGUUAUCAGUGUUCGUCUGCACAAAAACCGGAACCUGCGCCAGAAAAUGAAGACAAUGAUCAUUAUCUGCAUCCAAGUUUGGCACCAGUACCACGUAAUGUAGAAUCCGCUCCAUCAAUUCCUAAUAUUGUAUAUAAACCAUCAGCAGAUUGUGCCUACACAAUGUUAAUAUCAAAAAUCAAAGGAACAAAAGCAGUGAUAGACGACACACCAGAAACCAGUAAUUCUCCAUCUGUGAUAGACACCCCAGCACAACCAGAUAAACCACAAACACCGCCAACUACCUCAACCAAUAAUUCAACGUUCAAUUUUCCACCAAAUUCCACAUAUAUUUAUAAUUAUGUAACAGGAAAAUAUGAACCAGCUCCUACUACCACGAAUUACACAGACAAUCAAUACAAUAAUGUUUAUCAACAAGAUUUAUACGCAAAUCAUCCAAUAAUGGCGGCUCAAUAUGCUGCAUAUAUGAAUAAUUACAAGAGUAAUGAAAUUGCAAAAAGUGCUGUUAUUUAUAACAAAGAUACCGUUGUAAAUACUCCAACAGUAGUUGACAGUAAAAUCGAAGAAAAUACUGUGAAAAAAGAGAAACCAAAACCGAUAUUACCGAUUGCACAUUAUAGUGGGAGUUCCGAUUCAGAAAGUGACACGGAAAAUGAUAAUGAAACUCAAGCUAUUAUAAAUGUACCUGCUUAUGAGGUCCCUUCAUCUGAGAUACAGUUAAUUAUUGAUAAAAUGGCCAGUUAUGUUGCACGUAAUGGAAGUGAUUUUGAAGCGAUUGUACGAUCCAAAGGUGAUCCAAGAUUUUCAUUUCUCGUUGAUAGUCAUGUAUAUAAUGCGUAUUAUAAACAUAAGUUAAAAUUAUAUGGGGGUAUUGUGCAAAGUAGUCCUCAGCCUGUUCCUGCUACCACAACAACAGAGACACCAGCAUCUACGACGGUUGUUGACGAAAAAAGUAACAACGAGAACGAGAUUGAGGAGAAAAAAUCAGCGGAAGUGACAGAAAAGACGAAAUCUUGCGAUAAGGUUAAAAAACCUAUUGCUCCUGUAUCAUUUUCGAUAAAAAAAGCAAAAGAUCCUGAACCGGUACCAAUUGAAAGAAGUGCGUUACCCGUGGAAGAGAGUUCAGAAGAAAGUAAUGAAGAAAAUACUGAAAAUGGUACUGAAAAUGUAACUGAAGAACCAUCGACUACAAUAGUUCCACCUAUCGCAGCACCGGAAGAAGAAUCUGAAAAUAAUAUUCAAUCAAAAACACCUCCAAUACAUUCAGAAAAUGAUGAAAAAGAAGACGCACCGCCACCGGUUAAAGAUGCAUCUGUUAUCGAAAUUGAAGAUGCUGUCCAAGAGUUGAUUGACUUAACAGAUGAUCUUGAAGAGCGAAGGGAUGCUAAAAGAGCAAAAAUAGUCGAAGAAAAAAUCAAAGAUAAAUUAGCAGCUGCAGCAAGGGAAAAAAUGUCUUUAUUAUCCCGCAACAGAGAAUUACAAAUUGAAAGGAAAAGACGUGCGGCUGCAUUUUUAAGUAAAAUUAAACCAGGAGAAGUAACAACUUUGAAUGGAUUAUCUACGUCUGAUUUAAAUGUUGCAGAAACAACAAAAACCGCCGAAGAAGAUGACUUAUUGAAACGAAUUUGUGAAUUUGAUUCAGAAAUUGUUUCGUCAUCCUCGAAAAAAUCUCGUAGUGAAGAAAAAGAUGACGAAAAAUUAAAACAUGACCGGAACGACAAAUAUGAUGAUAAAUAUAGAGAAAAAUCUUCAAGAAAAAAGCGGAAAAAACGUAGUGAUGAAAGUCCCGAUUCAAAAAGACAUCAUCACAAGCGUAGUAAACAUUCACAUCGAUCGUCGGAGAAAAAACAUUCAAAAAAGAAAUAUCGAUCAAGAACGCGAUCAAGAUCACCUCAUGAACAUUCAAGACGAUCUAGAUCCACGUCACAUCGUUCAUCAAAAAGUCGAGUUGAACAUAGUAGUAGGAAUAAAGAAAGGGAGUCGUCGACAAAAAAAGAGAGGAGAAAAACUGAAAAAAAAAAUGAAGACAAAUCUAGUGGUGAAAUUUCCAGUCCAAAUACUAGUAAUUAUUGUAGCGAUUAAGUAAAAAAUA